GCUCCGAACCCCACUCCGAAAGCAGUGGGGCACCGACGAUCCUACGGCCGGAUCAUGCAUUCCGUUGCCAAUGCCGUUACAAUAUGCUAGUAUUCGGGGUUGGAAGGCUGAAAUUAGUACCCAGCGGAGUUUUGACGAUCACAAAACGCUUUGUCACGGACUUUGGCAAGUCUCCUAGUGGCUGACACUUAGCUCCCUCACUGAGAUGAUAGAAUGCUAAUAUAAAUGGUAUGCUACGAUCACUUCCAUCUGGAUUAUGGGGGAGGUCAACAACAGUUCAUCUCAAUCAAAAGACAUGGAAUUCGAUUCAAGAAAGACUCUGGCCGAUUGGCCGACCUUUUCGGCCAAGAUUUUAGACAUUUUGGCAGAGACAAGUCGAGCGCAAAUGUUCGUUGCAGCAUUGGUUCUUUCCGUAUACAAUGCAUACUUCCAUCCUCUUGCCAAAUUCCCUGGUCCACUCUAUGCCCGCUGCUCAAACAUACCAUAUAUGGCGGUGCAGACGAAAGGAGCAAUGCUCCCCUGGCUCAGCUCUCUGCACGCCCAAUACGGCGACGUUGUAAGGAUCGGAGCUUCGAGACUCAGCAUUAUCAACGGGCAAGCCUGGAAGGACAUCUAUGCCCACAAGACGGGAGGCAAGAAGAGCUUCCCCAAAGAUCCGCGCAUGUACGGAACCGAUCCCAAUGGUCACCGCAAUCUGAUCACGACAUUGCCCGACUCCGACCACAGUCGCCUCCGAAGAGUAUUUUCCCCAGCGUUCUCGGAAAGAAGCCUGAAGGCGCAGGCUCCCCUCAUUUUGUCGUACGUGGAUCAGCUCAUGGCGAACAUCCGCCGUGGCAUCAAGACAGACGCAGACGCCAAGUUUGACAUGGUCAAGCUGUAUAACUUGACGACAUUCGAUAUCAUGGCCGAGCUUGCGUUCGGGGAAUCACUUGGUCUCCUUGCCAACUCGGAGUACUCGGAAUGGGUCGCCAAUAUUUUUGACAACUUGAAGAACAACGCGAUUGCCCAAGUCGGUCGUGAGUGGACAUGGCUCGGCACCGUCGUCCGCAUGAUCACGCCGCCAAAGCUCAAGAAGGCCGCCGACAUGCACUUUAAGCAUGCUAUUGAGCGAGUCGACCGCAGGCUUGAAAGGGAAACCGACCAGGCCGAUAUUUGGAAACUGGUCCUCAGUCAGCCCGAAGGCAAACAGAUUGACAAGUUUGAUAUGUAUAACAAUGCGUCGGUUUUUAUGGUCGCUGGAUCCGAAACCACGGCAACGAUUCUCAGUGGUGUCACGUAUCUAUUGCUUCGGAACCCCGACAAGCUGGCUCGUGUUGUGAGCGAGAUCCGAGAUGUCGAAUCUGAAGAUGAUUUGGACAUUCAGAGACUUUCUGCGUUGCCGUACAUGACUGCCGUCCUCAAUGAGGCUCUACGCUGGUAUCCCCCAGUCCCUGUUGGAGUCUGGAGGGAAGUUCCAGAGGGUGGCAGCGCUGUUGCAGGACACUGGAUUCCUGAGAAGACUCGCGUCUCAGUCCCGCAGUUCCCUGCGAACCAUUCGCCCCGCAACUUCAAGGAUCCCGAAGCAUUCAUUCCUGAGCGGUGGAUUCCUGGCCCAGACUAUGAGCCAAACACGAAAGAUGUGGUGCAGCCAUUCUCAAUUGGCCCUCGUAACUGCAUUGGAAUCAAUCUCGCUUGGCACAAAAUGAGGCUCAUUCUGGCCAAAACGCUCUGGAGCUUUGACCUCAGUCUUUGCCAGGAGAGUGAGAAUUGGUCAGACCAAAGGGCCUACAUUCUCUGGGAGAAGCACCCCUUGAUGGUCACUAUCAAGUCCGUGCGAUGA